AAUGAUUAAUCACUGGAAGAAUAGUAAUUUGCUUCUAAAAGAAAAAAAGAGUAUGAAGCAUUUCUUAGUAAGCCAAAAUUCUCUAAAGCAGAUAUUAGAGUUUAAUUUCCUAAUAGUUUAAUUAUUUAGGUCAUCUUUGGUUCUUUGGGAUCAUUAAAAGUUUUAUAUGAUUUGAUAAUAGAUGUGAUAAUAUUGAAAUUCUAGAUUAUCCUUAGACAUUAGAUAAUAGUAAUCUUGAUUUCUACUUUUAUACAUCACCUCCUCCAAUUCGAAUGACAUAGAAGCAUUUUAACCAAAACUUUUGAUGACUUAAAUUCAGUUCCAAAUGGAUUAUUCUAUUGUUGAGAUGC